AUGGCGAAAUACCUUGCCUCGUACGCCGAGCAUUUCCAGGUCAUGCCACAUGUGCGCCUUAGCACAAACAUCCACCGUGCAAGCUGGAAUGAGAUGAAACACAAGUGGGAAAUUGAAAUAUCUCCAGUUGGAAACGAAGACCAGAAGACUGUGCAGGAAUUUGACAAAGUAAUCCAUGCGUUGGGCCCCGAUCAAGUACCCAAUAUCCCGAAGGUAGCGGGAAUCGAGAAAUUCAAAGGAGACGUGCAACAUUCUGUCACUUUCAAGAGCGCUGAUGACUAUGCAGGAAAGCGGGUGUUGGUUGUUGGUUUUGGAAACACUGCAGCCGAUGUCACGGGCCUUCUGGCGGAUGUAGCGGAACAAGUGUAUGUAUCGCACCGUCACGGUGCCAUAGUGCUAACCAGGUUCCAGCUGCCACGAUGGGUUGACGGUAAGCCGGUCGACCAUGUACGCACUUAUCGCAAAGGAUGGAUUUUGGGUAUGAUGUCCCGCUACACCCCAGGCCUGUGGAAAAAGGUGAUGGACAGCGUUAUUGUCGGACUUCGCAAUCGGCUAUACGACCUUAAGCCGGAAUGGCAGCUGGAUCCUGCUCCGUCUUUCAGCCAGCAACGACCAAUUAUCAGCGACAAUCUCAUUGACAACCUAUCCAGUGGCCGGGUUAUCUCCCUUCCCGCUAUCCGUCACGUCUGUGACGGCACAACCAUCGAGAUGACCGAUGGCACUGUAAUUGAGGUGGACUCCAUCGUCUGGUGUACUGGAUACACCGUUGACUAUUCAAUGCUCGGGAAGAGUGAUCCAACCAUCUACGACCAGAAGGACGCCUGCGAGAUGUCGAAUGGCCGGAAGAUGCCUCGUCUUUACCAGAAUGUUAUCUCGCUGCAGCACCCCGAGUCACUUGCUUUCAUGGGCAACUUGUCAUUCAUGAACCCGGCAUUCCUGAUGUUCGACCUUGCGAGCAUGGCAGUUGCACAGCUCUGGAAGGGGACUUCUCGACUUCCAUCCAAGGCAGAAAUGAACCGCCAAGUGGACGAGCAAUUCAAGUGGAUUGCCAAUCUCUCUAACAACUCGCGAGUGACGCCGGGCCUGACUAAAGGAGUUGACUGGCUGGAAUGGGUUGACGAAACGGCCGGUCUCGGUAUGGGAGCGAAUUUGGGAUAUGGCUGGCAGGGCUGGACUUUCUGGCUCAUGGACCGGGAACUAUGCAGUAUGGUUAUGGAUGGGCUUUUGCUGCCUUUCCACUACCGACUAUUCAAUGCGGGCAAGCGGAAGCCAUGGGCCGGUGCUCGGGAGAACAUAAUCAAGAUGAACAAGGAGCUUCGGGCUAAGAAUUGGUACCCGUAG